AACCCGAUAGCAAUGAUGAAACAAUAGCCGAUAGUGACUACGAGCCCAUUGCUGGGCCGAGCACUAAUUUACCUAAAAAAAAAUAUGUAACAAGAAAUAGGGGCAAGAAAGUUUAUAUAAAGUUUGAUGUUGCCCAGUCAUCCCCAG